UGAAUAGUAUGGAUAAAUUUAUAAGAAAAAAAAAAAAGAACAUUAAAAAGAUGAAAAAUUGAAUAUGUGAAUGAAACGUAACGAGAGCUAACAAGUCAGCUCCCACUUAUUGAGAGUAGAAGGGAUUCAGUUAUUCAACUAGCUUCAUCUUUGUUUAAUCGUCAUUUGUAACAUUUUGUUCAUUGUCCAAUUGAAUACAUGUUAUUUUGCAUUAGUGUUCCAGACAAUAUCCAGUAAUGCACCUUUAUCCAAAUAUAUGAUUAUAUAUUUAUUUUUCUUGUCAUGUUAAUUUCAAUGUCAAACAUUUGUUGGAUAAACUAUUCAAUCAGUAUUCGAAAGUUUUUUAAAGUCACAAGUUUUUUUUAUUAAUAUAUAUUUUUUUUUAUUUUAUUUUAUUUUUUUCAACGUCCUUGGAGUAAUUCUCUAAUCUCGAAAUGAGCUCAAAAUUUUCAAGGGCUGAUAGUGAAAGCCCUACAUUUAGCAACAGUGGAUCAACACCAAACGGAAGUAGUCUUGGAUCGGAAACCGACGAAGAGGGCAAUGAUGAUGAAUUGAUCAAAGUACCACUUCAGACACCACCAAGACGAGUACCAAAAAUAGUAUCUUCAAUGAAUCAAAAAAAUGGUGCAAAUGAUACAAGUGAAAUAUCAGAUAUACAAAGUUUAAAUUCAACAAUAACAAGUGUCAAUAGUAUCAGUAGUUUACUCAAAGAAAAAUUACAAUUAUCAUUGCCACAAGCAUUGCGUAGUUCUAAAAAACGUCAAAAUGCUGAUUACAGAUUAAGAACAUUUGUUGGAUUUUUAUUUCUUUGUAUACUUGUUCUUGUUGGUUUUGCACAUAUUUAUUAUACUCAACAUGUAUUACAACGUGCAUAUUUUGAUAGAUUUCGUUUUAAUAAAAAUGAACGUCUUCUUAAUGUAUACAGUGCAACUGGAUCAGAAAUAAUAUCAGCACGUUUAGGUGAUGGUAUACCAAUGGAUACUGGUGUAUUUUCUUGUCUUCCAAGAGAUCAAAAAAGUGAUUCAGUAUGUCUUGAAUGGCUUCAUUAUUCAAGAUUAUAUUUAAGUCAUAGUAAACGUGAUAGUAUGUAUUGUUAUGAUAUAACAUGGUUAAGUUUAAAUAAAAAUUAUAAUCCAAAAGAUUGUUUUGAUUGGUCAUCACGUCGUGGUCAUUGGUAUGGUGCUGGACAAAUUCAUAAUAUGCCAUAUCCACUUGAAAAGGGUAAACUUGAAUUAAGUCCAUUUAUAACUGGUGAUAUUGGAAAAAAUCCAUUUGGUAAUGUAUUAAAACGUUAUUUUUUAAAUUCAAAAGGUGCAACAAUUGUUAUUGAUAAUAAAACACCAUUAUAUAUAUCAAUAAAUGAUAAUAAAACAAAUGAAUUUUGUAUACAAUCAAAACAUGAUGAAUUUUCAUAUAUAAAUCAUUUAACAUUAUUACCACAAUUAAAUUAUACAAUAUGUGCAUCUGGUAAUAUGAAAAAUUUACAUUCAUUAAUGGCUGAAAAAUCAUUAUGGGAUGGUUUAAAACCAGAUGAAGUACGUGCUGUUGAUGCAUUAUUAUCUGAACCAGUAUGGCAAAUAUCACCAACAAAUGAAGCAGCAAUAUAUAAUUAUACUGAGGAUGUUAUUGCAUUAGGUUUUUUACGUCAAGGACAUGUAUUAUUAAGUGAAGAAUGGCAAAAAUAUCCUGGUGAUUUUAGUCUUGAUGAAACAAGAUUUCCAUCAAUGGAAGAAACAAUUAAUAUUAUUAGAAGACGUGGUUUUAAAAUUGUAUUUACAAUACAACCAUUUAUAUCAACUGAAUCAUAUAAUUUUAAAGAUACUGUUACAAAUAAAUUAUUAAUAUCUGAACGUGGUAGUGAUCCAAGAAUACCAGCAUUAACACGUUAUCAUAAAAUAAAUAGUGCUGGUGUUUUAGAUGUUACAAAUAAUAAAACAUUACCAUGGUUACAAAAUAAAUUAGAUAAUUUAAUUAAAAAAUAUCAUGUUGAAUCAUUUUAUAUUGAUUUUGGUACUGCACAUGAUAUGCCACAUUAUUAUAAAUGUCAAGAGCCAUUAAUUAAUCCAGAUCAUUAUAAAACAUUAUUUAUUAAAUCAAUAAUUGGAUCAUCAUUACCAGUACUUGGUGUAUCUGGUGCAAUAACACGUCCAAAAGCACCAGUAUUUGUAUCAUUACCACCAUUUCAAUCAUCAUGGAAAGCUAUUACAAAUGUCAUACCAACAAUAUUAAAUUAUGGAAUGAUUGGUUUUCCAUUUAUAAUGCCAGGUGCUGUUGGUGGUGAUGUUGCAUUACCAAUGUCUGAUUAUGAAAUUAAUUUACCAGAUAAAGAAUUAUACAUACGUUGGCUACAGUUAUCAACAUUUUUACCAGUUAUUAGAUUUACACAUUUACCAAGUAAAUAUUCUGAUGAUAGUGUACUAGAAAUGGCUAGAAGUUUAACAACAUUACGACAAAAAACAGUAACACCAUUAUUAAAAAAAUAUGCAAAUGAAACAUUAGAUUCUGGUUUACCAAUAAUAAGACCAUUAUGGAUGUUGGAUCCAAUUGAUCCAGCUUGUCAUAUUGUUGUUGAUGAAUUUUCAGUUGGUGAAGAACUUAUUGUUGCACCAAUAUUAUAUUCAGGCAGUCGUCAAAGAGAAGUUUAUCUACCAGCUGGUGUAUGGCGUGAUGGUAUUGAUGGAAGUUUAAGAAAAGGAUCAAGAUGGAUACAUAAUUAUCGUGUUGCUGAAGAUAAAAUUGCUUAUUUUGUUAAAAUGCCGGAUAAUACAAGAUUUUAAUUUACACUAAUAAUCAACAUCAAUGUCUUAACAUUGUUUUCAUUUUUUUUUUUUUUUUAAAUUUAUUAUUAUAAAUAUUGUUUGUCGACUGAUAUAUAUCUAUAUAUUUAAAAUGUCAAUGAAACCAUAACAAUUAUUGUAUUUUUUAUUUACAUGUAUGUAUAUAAAUUACACAUCGAUAUUUAAUGCACAAUGACACUACUGAGCUCUAAAAAUAUAAUCAAAUAAUAAAAAAAUAAAGCUUUAAAUAAAAGUGUAUAGUUGCGUGAUAGUUGUGUGGGUUUUCAUGUUAGAAAAUAAUAAAAGCUCUUAAAGUUGUAUCACAUCUGGAAUGUAUUCAUACACGUAACAUCACAAAGUCUCUAGAAAUAAUAAUGUCUAUUCAACUAUUUUUUAAACAAUAUAUUUUCUAUAUUUAACAACAAAGACAUUUAGAUAUUAUUAUUUUAAUACAAAGUCAUCAUGUGUUUGUUUUUUUUUUCUUUUGUCAAAUAAAUAAAGUUUGAUCGAUUUUGUGAUGAAAAAAAAAACCAA